AUUUUAGCCAUGUCUGCAGCUGGAAGAUGUCUACAAAGGGUAUGUUGCAAGAUAAUCUUCCGAUUAUGCCCUCGGAUGUUAUAGAGCUGCAGAAGCUGAUCAUCAAGGGAGACAUGUCCCUGACUCAAAAGGAGCAAGAAAAUACAGCUUUGAGGGACCAAAUUAAACAAUUUGAAACACAUUGGUCUAAACAUGAAAUUAAAAUGAAGUCUGUGGAGGAAACUUGGCAAAAACAGAUUGCUUCUUUACAGGUCACUUUACCAUUUUACCCUUUUACAAUUUGGAAUUUUGUCUUGUGAUUAACCUUAGUUGGUUUGGGCUAGUGACUUUACCCUUCUACAAUUGAGUUUAAUUUCUUACCCUUUUACCAAUGAAUUUACAUUAUUAUCCUUUUUUUACAAGUGAUUUUACC